AUGAAUAAUAAAUCCAAAGGGUGCUGCUCAUGCUUUAAAGCUAUGUUCAGCAGUAGACCAAAGUCGUAAUUCCAAUUCAGUAUCAAAAACAAUAAAUCUGAUAAUACCGCAGCAGCUAAAAGUCCUCAAAAAACACAGCCCACUGAAGAAGCUUCAAAUAAAUCGCCUGAAGCAAAAGAAAAAAGAAAUCCUAAUUCAAAGCUUGGGAAAAAUAAUAAAAAAGCUAAAACAGGACGAUUAAUAGUCAAUGCAGAGACUUUUCCAUUAGAUGAGUCUUCAAUUUCUCUACGCAUAUCAAAUGAUAUCAGCAUUUCUAAUGAUGUUCUAUUUUAUGAUAAAAAUUCAAUUGGCAAUCAAAGUGUUGACCCAGAGCAAAUCAGAUGCAAUCUUGAUGCCGCUUUUCACAUUAUGCAAGACGCCUUAAAUACUUCAUUUAUAAAUUCCAAUUAUCUGGAUAGUGAUGGCAAAGAACCUUUUACAAAAGUUGUGAAAAAUAUAAACUUUAAAGAGCUAUUGAAAGACGAAGAAAUCAGCAUUUCAAGAGAUAGCAAUAAUGAAAAGAUUAGUAGCUAUCCCUCUAUGAGCAAUAAAGAGUUUUGCUUGCUAUAGAGAUAAUACUUUUAAUAUUAAAAUAUUAAUAGAAAUUAUUUAUUAACUAGAAUAUUUUAAAUCUUUAAAUUUUAAAUAAUUCUCUAACAUAAUAUACAAAGCUUAAGCUGCAGAGCUAAUAAGUUAAGGCUUAAUUAAAAUAAUUAUUAUUUAUUAUUAAAAAAAAUUAUAUAAAAAAAUUUGUGGACUGCCUCUGAUGAGUUAUUUUUCCUAAAUGUAAUUCUUCAUAUACCUUGCUAAUUCAAAAAGGAGAGUAA